GCAGGGAGCGACUUUUGUUACGUCAACAUCAACCAUGGCCAUGGAGCCGCUUCCGCCGACGUCGGCACGAGGCUUGAAUCAGCAGCAGCAGCAGCAACAACAACAACAACUGCACUAUUUCAUGGACCGUGGUCGAGCCCCCCCGUCCAAACGAAGUCCAGAUCGAGUCACCAACGAUGUGACCGACAUCCGAGGCACCAGACCGUUGCUCAAGAACCACAUGUACGUCAACAAACCGCACUUCUACGAUGCGCACGAUAUCAAGGGAUCCACGAGCAUGGAGCUGCACCCGAAGCGCUGGCGUGCAGGAAGCGAUGAUCGAUUCAGACAGCUUCCCAUCGAGGGCACCACAUCACGACCAGCAGGGUUUCGAACGGAGCGCGUCGUGAAUCCAUUAGAGCCGAGCUACAAGCUCCCUUCCUUCACAAACGCGCCACCGAUUGAGCCAAAGUUCUUGCGCGAUAGCUAUAAUGUGGCCGAUAUCGAUGGCACAUCGAUCAAGGUCCGUGAUAUCCAACAUCCGCGAGAUGCCCUGAAGUUGGAUGAUAUUGCAGGAGCUCAAGCAGGCUGGCUACCUCGUCAUAAGCGAGGACUGCGUGAGCAUCCCCCGCGGGAUAUUUUGAACGUACAGGAUAUCACCAACGGCGACUUUAAAUCGAGUCGAAUCACAAACGUAUUGAAUCCCGUCUACACUGUCAACGGCAUGACAGUCGGCGAUGAUCCUCGCUCACGACCACUCGCUCAGCACCCCAAGCGAGACAAACCUAGCUACGCACUGAAGACAGACGAUAUCGAAGGUGCAAGCUGCACUGAUCCAGCAACGGCAAUCGUGGCAGGCAUCGUCAUGGCCCAUCGACGCAACUACCGAGAUACCAACAUCACGUCCGACAUUUCGGGUGCCAAGGCUGACACACUGGUACACAGUAUCCGAUCUGUCCGGCGUGUUGACCCCAACGCUCCGCAAUAUUCAGCAUUAGACGGAUCUCGUGUGGACUCCAGCGCGAUCUCCGUCGGCAAGUCCAUCGUUUUUGCAGACCUUGUUCAUGAACACGAGCAGCUCGAGGCUGUUUACAAGCGUCAACAUACUCAGGUCAAGUCGUGUGUAGUGAGUGGCGUCGGUAACGUGGGUCUUGUCGGCUCUGCUUACAGACACCGCGACAAGAGACCGCCACCUACUGCGUCUGUGAACGUAGCAAAAACGAAGACGGAUCUCACGGCAACUCCCACUAGCGGUAACAAGAGUUCUACUCCGCCUUUAAAGCCUUCGUCAGGAUCUGGAGGAACGAAAUCCGGCAGGACUCGUAGCGAACGUAAGCAACUAGAAGCGAGACAAGAGGAAAUUUUGCUAGUACGCGACCUUAACUGA